AUGACACCCCCCUACACAGUCGCCCCACAUCUGGAGUACUUCAACAUCCCCUUUACCGACUUCAUCGCAGCCCGACCCGAAUUUGACGCGUUCGCCGUGGGGGGCUACAUUUUCGCCCAGGCGACAACUCCCACAUCCCACGAAGCGGGGUCCCCGCCACGCACUUUAUUGCUCCAGCGAGCCAUGACCGAUUCCAUGCCUGGUUGCUGGGAGAGUGCUGGCGGGGCAGCCGAGCCUCACGAGGAUCGCACGUUGCUGGAUGGUGUGGUGCGUGAAGUCUUCGAGGAGACUGGGCUGCAUGUCUCGCGGUUCGUCGAGCUGGUCGCUGUUGAUGUCUGGAUGCAUACCCGUCGUACUAAUGGGGAUCGGAUUCGGAUUAUCAAAUACUCUUUUAUCGUCGAGGUGCAUGAGUCAAGGAGACAGUCGGCUGAUGGGACUUUCCAGUCUGUGGGGAUCGAUGAGAUUCCCGUGAAGCUGGAGGCAACGGAACAUCAGGCGUUCGACUGGGCUCUUGAGGAAGAUGUGCAGCAUUCUUUCCAGACACGCCAGGGCAAAUAUCAACUGCCGUUGCCGAUGCAGGGACAUCAAGGGCCGAAUAUCCUGAGAGCCUUUGCGUUGUUUACGGAGCAGCAGAACAAGGCUGCUGUGUGA